AUGGAUGGAAUGCUGAAACAGUACAUUGAGGAAUGCGCCAAACUGCCAGUGGAUUUGAAGAAAAAUUUUGACCUGAUUCGCGAAAUUGACAUUGUUGUCGAACAAAAAGCUGAUUUAAUCCAGCAGAAGUUGAUUACACUAACUAAAUCCCAUCGUGGUUUGUCGAAGGAUGCGCAAUGUGCAAUCAACAAAGAAAUUAACGUUAGUUUUGAAAUAUUUGAUAAAAUACUUUCACUUAGCGAGAAAAAGUUGAAAUUAGCCACUCUAACUUAUAACGUCGUAGAUAAUCAAAUAGUUCGUUUGGACAGAGACUCGGAAAAAGUCCAGGCUUCCGUAAAAAGAAGACAUGAGCCCGAGGAAGAACGUCAUAAAAAGAAACGGAAGCAUUUGUCACGUAAAAGCGGCAAAAAUCAAACAGAUGUGGAACUUGAACCGUCAACAUCUAGCACUUAUGAUCAAGUCGGAACUGCCCCGGUAAUUGAUUUGCCGAUUGACCCAAAUGAACCUGUUUACUGUGUCUGUCGACAGGUCUCGUUUGGAAAUAUGGUUAUGUGUGACAAUAAGGAUUGCCCUAUCGAGUGGUUUCAUUUUGGUUGUGUUGGUCUUAAAGAAACUCCAAAAGGGAAAUGGUAUUGCUCUAGGUGUUUUUCAGAAAAGUGUAAGAAGAAAAGCACUACCCACGCGUGA